AAGCGGGGAGCGCGCCUGUCUGGCCAGUGGUAGACAGGCGUCGAAGGAGGCGCGCGUUGUUUGGGUGAUUUAACUGGCAGGAUUCGCAGUAGCGGCUUCAGCCUCGAGCGAAAAGUUUGUCAGGCACAAAACGUAUCGCUGCAGUUCGCACGUAAAGAAGAUUAACGGGACCUGUGGGAUAAAGCUGCGAGCUCUGAAGAAAGGACAGCAAAGGAACAUGCCGCUUCUUUCCCUGCGUGCCGGAGUCCUGUUCCUGCUCGGCACGGCACUCAUCGCUGAAGUCGCAGGAAAUUGUGGACCACCUCCAGUGAUUUCUAAUGUUGUGCUCAAACCCGAAUAUAUGGACAAGCAGGAGUUUCCUGAAAACAGCAGAGUUGUUUUCACCUGUGAACCUGGUUACCUCCGAUCAAGAGGGGUAUAUGUUACUUAUUGUCGCAAUGGAAAAUGGACAGUGAAUCUGAAAUGUGAACGAAAGUCCUGUGGCUCUUCAGAGGACCUCAUGAAUGGGUACUUUGAAUAUGAGGGGAUCUUAUUUGGUGAUAAGGCUCAUGCAGUCUGCAAUGAGGGAUUUCAUUUGGUUGGGAAAGGUUAUAGAACAUGUCUUGCCAAUGGACAAUGGGAGGAUUAUAUGCCAUUAUGUGAAGUUUCUCAAUGCCCAGAACCACCUGAGAUCCCUAAUGCUGAAAUCAUUACUCCACCUUCAAACUCAUACAGUUACAGCACAGUUGUCAUUUACCGGUGUAUUAGUGGACAAUUAAUUGGAAAUAAGGAACUAGUGUGUGAUGAAGCUGGAAACUGGACUGGAACGAUACCCGAGUGCAAAGAGGUGAAUUGUCCCAAUACUUUUUUGCCCAAUGGCAGGAAGACUGCAGGAUUUGGACCAUUCUAUCGGUAUGGUGAUUCUGUCAGCUUUGCUUGCAACUCCGGAUAUGAGCUUCAAGGAUCCAGUAUGGUUUCUUGUCAGCAGAAUAGUCAAUGGGCGCCUUCUAUCCCCACAUGCAUUAAAACUUCUUGUCCAAGUCCACCUGAUAUUGAACAUGCACACCCAGCCUUUAGAAGUGGAGUUCCAUUGAAAUAUACUAAAGGUGUGAAAAUUAACUAUGAGUGUGACCAAGGAUAUAUCGGUAUCGGUGAAAGCAGACUUGUGAACUGCACAGAGCAGCUAGAGUGGACCAAGCCAAAGUUCAUCUGCCUUCGCAAUUGUGGCCCUCCUCCUAAGAUAGCUAAUGGAAAGUUUAAUGGAAAGAAGUAUACAUACCGAUCAGAAAUUACAUAUACAUGCAUCAAGGGGUUCACAUUGGUAGGACAAUCUAUGAUGACCUGUACCCAGAAUGGCUGGAGUAGUAGACCCCCAUACUGCAAAGUUUCAGGUAAAUGUCCGAUGCCAUUUGUUCCAAAUGCAUAUCUGAAGCCAUCACAAGGAACAAUGUUUACUGUUGGAACUAAAUUGGUGUUAAAAUGUCACUCUGGGUAUGAAGUGGAGGAGAACCAGCUUAAAAUAACCUGCCUACCCAACUUAACAUGGUCUGACCCGGGCAAAGUCUGUCAACGCAAGUCUUGUGGACAUCCUCCAGAGGUGCAAAAUGCAAAGCAACAUAUCAGCGGAACCAGAUUUAAUGAUACAGUCUUGUACACCUGCCAUGAUGGAUAUAAACCCAAAGAGAAAACUAUCAGGUGCAAAAAUAAGGGUUGGGAAAAACCUCCAGUGUGCACUCUGAAGAGAAGAAGUUAACAGCAUAACAUCCCAAGUGAUCAGAAAGAUGUGAGAACACAGAUUCCUGCUUCCUAUCGUCUAAGCUCCUGAGACUACCAGAUGCUCUUUGACUUUCCUGUUCUUCAGUCAAGGCUUCUUCUGUUUGCACAGAUGGGUCUUAGGAUUUCCCCUUUAAAAGAAAGAAGAUGACUUACGAAAGUGGAAAUAGAAACAGAGCAGUCCAAGCAAUGGAAGAGACCUUUUGAGAUUCUCCAUUAUACUGGCCUAGGCAAGCAUGUGGUAUAUCCUAGCCACAUUUAUACAUGCAUCAGUGAUCUUCAUAAUAGCAAUAUGUAAUCUGAUUUAUUUUUCUAUUCAUUUAAUUCAACGGAAUACACUAUUUUUGUAAUCUGUAAUCCUUUUGUAGAACUGGAGAAUAAUAAUUGAUAAGCAAUGCAUGAACUCAUCAUGAAGUACACUUUGAUAAUCUCCUUUCCAUCUUUGGGCUUGAACAAACCUGAAAGCAACUGUGAAUGUGAAAAUGGUUGAUCACAAAUUAAACUCAUGUAUAAACCCA